AUGCUGGAUUUGCUGUCACCUGUGCGCGGCUACAUCGCACAGAAUCUGCAAUUCUACCUGAGCAAAUACAUCGAGGACAUCCAGCUUGAAGGUUUAGGGCUCUUUGGUGGUGACCUUGUUCUCAAUGACUUGGAAAUCAAGCGCCACGUACUGCGCGAGAGUCUCGAGAUUCCAUCAAGCUUCGAUUUCUCGCGUGGAUUUAUCCGUGAAUUACGUAUCCACAUCCCAUGGACCCAGUUACUAUCACAGUCAAUCGAAGUGAAACUUUAUACCAUUGAGCUGAUCCUCACGGCGAGGAGCAGUACAGCCGGUGCCACAUUAGGAGACGCAGUAACUGAUAAAGCGACUGAGAUUGACCAGCCAAAGUCCGGUUGGAUUCACGAUACACUGCAAAAAAUUCUGUCUAAUGUCAGUUUGCAGGUUAAUAACCUUGUCCUUAAGUAUGAGUACGACGACAUUGUGUUCUCUAUUGCGCUUGGGACCCUUGACUUCUACUCAGCCAGUGAAAAUGAUGGCUGGAAUCGUAGCUUCGAAGAGCUAAAGGGAAGCAGGCCUGUCAUUUGCAAAAGAAUUGAUGCCAAAGACGUGACAAUUUUCCUAGACAGAUACAUAAACGACGAAGGUACAAAUCAAUGCACCAGACAAUAUCCAUUGCGACGGAUGGUAGCUGGAUACGAGGUUCCGGUAUUGAGUCGAGCUUCGGCAUCAGUCCGAGCUAAAGUACAGCUACCACACAAUGCUGCGGAGACAGGGAAAAGGGAUCCGACUAUCAGUAUAUCUGCUUCCUUCAAUCAGCAUCAUCCUUCAGCGAGUGAUUCCCGUGACGCAAGAGAUAUUUUUGAUGUGGAUGGUUUGUUAAUAUACAAUCCAUCAGUACUAUGCGAUCCUUUCUACUAUUACUUGUGCAAUCGCUCAAGCGUGAUCCCGAUAUAUGAGGUAGACUUGUUUGUCGUCGAAUUACUCUUCUCGGCCAGUGACAGACAACUAGAGAUGCUAAAUCAGCUUAUACAAAGCGCUAACCACAGGUUCGAUCAAGCUCACAAGCCAGUAAUUUCAGCGAAAUGUGACGCGUACCCACCAGGCAACACGAACAAAGUCUUGGAUGUUCAUGAUGCAAGAUCUGAGUUUUCCCAGUUAAUUCAGGCAGAUGAUCAGGUGGGUAUUGUACCUAAAAACAAAGAAUCAUGGUUUGGAUGGGCAAUAAAUGCUCUGGGAAGCGUAGAAAAUGGGCAAGAGGACGCGUUGGAGUCUGAGCUACUUGCCGAAACGAGAGAAGCUUUGCUCGAACGCCAGCCGUCGUUAGAAAAUGAGAAUGAUGGAGGUUUAUUUGCAGCCUGCGGUUCAGGUACAAGAACGUCAUGUGUGCGAAUGUGCGUUGGCUCAGUCUCGUUAACGUUGCGAAAACAUGCAAAAGAAGGGGAAACGGAGUAUCAAGAUGCUGCAGGCGUGGAAAGUAGAGAAGAAUUGGUACCAGUUGCAAAUCUUGGCAUGGUGAAAAUUUCUAGUCAUCCCAAGAGAAAAAAGGUAGCUCGACCAGCUUUGCCAGUUCUCCAUUUAUCUCUUAGUUUUGUGACGAUAGAAAUGCUUCUAGCACGAGGUCAGGAACAAAGUGGAACAGAUCUGGUGUUUGAAAUUGAAAAGGUUAGGGUUUCAUCUGCUUUAGACGACACUGAUGGAAAGGAUAUGAACGGAGAAAUGCUGAUGACAUGGGGUCUUGUUGAUGCAACAUCCUUGUGUGAUUGCGUCUCUCAUCCCUAUUUUAUCAGCACAUUUUUUAAGAAAGAAAUAGCGCGCUUAAAUCAGCUUGAUAGGCGACGCUUUGACAUUGUUAAGGUAGCACCGGGUAUUGACAUUCCCGUCUGGAUGACGUUAAGAGAUGGAAGAAUAAACUCAGAAGAGAGCUCUAGCUCACCAUGCAAAUGCUCUUCCACUUGGAAUGGGGAAAGUGUUCGUUGCAUAUCAACUUCCGCAAUAUUUAGCAUUUGCCAGGAUGCAAUUAAUAAAAUUGGAAUUAAAGAGCGUGUGCUGGAUGACGGAAUUCUAUUUAACGCCGUGUCGGCAGCUUGGACUUCAAGUGAGUUUCCUAGUAUAGCGACAGAAGGGAUGACACGAGCCUUGACUGCAGCCGCAAGUGAGUAUCGAGCGCAUCGAAAGUCAGACCUUCCAGCAUUGGACAAUUUGGUGCAGUUGCUCUUACCACAACUAUUCGCUCUAUGCUGUCGUUUUUCAGGGCAUUCUUGCCCAUCAGCUAUACUCCAUCCGGCAUCUAACUAUAUUAGCAUUCGGCAUCGAAGUGAUCAUUCUGCUCUACGUAUGCGCUCAGCAUCCACGUCUAAAAUCUUGGAGCAUGAUGCACCGUCACCUGAAAAUCGUAUCGAAGAUAAAGCAGUCACCAAAAUUUUGGAUGUGUCGAUUGGUGCUGCACAUGCUGUCCUGGAGCCUCUUAAGUGUUUAGCCACACUGGAAGUAUUAUCAAUUUUCUUGCACAAAAACGAAGUGGAUGUUUCUAGGUCAGCGACAAGGCCUGUUGAAACGUCAAUGUCAUCUAGAAUGAAUGAGGCUUUGACGAAGAAGAUGGCGCCUGAAUUGAAGACCAAAAUGUUAAGUGAUAUCGCGUUAAUUACGGGGAGCAGGGUAAGCGUUCACAUUCCUAAUCCACGUCCAAAUGCAGGGAAUAGCUCGAACCAUUGUAGUGGCUUGAAUGUAAUUGGAAGUGACUUCAUGUGGCAACGAAAUUAUUUUCCGGGAGAUCACAGAAAGCGUUUACAGCUCGGUGCUGUGACCGUACAGUUGGGUGACGCUCAGAGCGAGUUUACGCAUCUCCCCCUGGUAGAAGCGCUCGGAUUUGAACUGGAAAUCACAGAAAGCUUUGCUGAUGGAGAUAGCAACGAUGAAUUAUUCGCAAGUUUGGUCAAAGCGAAAAUCGACCUUACCUCAUUUUCAUUACACAAUUUCGCGACUGUAAUAUCUGAUUUCGUACGUCCCCUUGGAUUUGAUAUUGCCUGGGUGCCAACAAUUUUAGCGUCAAAGCAAUUCCAAGAGUAUUAUCAAAUCGAGGCUUGCUUGACUAAUUUUUCGCAGAGUGUUGUAGAUCGACCUAGGGUAGUUACAGCUCAGCGCCAAUCACUUCGCGGAAGAAUUGCAUCACUCACCAUAACUUCAAGAAAAAAGCCAACAAGUGAAAUGACUGUAAUUUUUCAAGGCGGCGCAGCUCCGAAGAUGCUAUCAAAAACGGGAAUUAGUAUUCCUCUUUUCAAGUUUGACAUGCUGUACGAAAAAUCGGCUGGAAAGCUAGAUGGUGUACCGCUUUUGAGCUUGCUCAAAACAUUUACUCGAAAACCCGACUUCGUUUCCACAGUAUGUGCACAUUGCCGACUAGGUGUCUGUGCACACUUGGCCUACGUUUAUCUGGAUGCUCAAGGUGGAACACAGCUUAUAGGUGCAGUCUUACAUUGGAUAAAAGAUUUCUCAGCAGCCUUGGUGGGCAACACAGAUUUGAAACCGGAAACUCGACAUGUCAAAGAUGACACACUGGACGGCAAUACGGCGAGCAGCAUAUCAACAGGAUGGAGCUUUAUCAUAGAUUGGGAAGCUGGCGGCUCUGAUGUACGUGUGAACGAGGCACUCCAAUUAAGACUUUCUCAAGUAUCGCUUCUAUCUAUUGAGAAAGAGGCAGAUUCACUGAAUCCUGUUAAGCCUGGAGGUAUACUGAAUCUCAAAUUUACUGCUAAAGGAGCCACUCUAUUUGCAUCAGACAGUGGAUGCCUUAAGGACAUUCAAAAUCCUAUAAUUCUGAGCAUAGAAAAUAUUCGUACGACAGUCAAGUUUUCACACGAAUUUAUUGACUACCAGCAUGAUUAUGCAUUUGAAGUUAUGUUCCACGCGGCAUGUGUUCAAGCAUCACUAAGUCGCUUAAAGGUACAUAAUUUUGCUUUGACAGAUUUUUUGUGUUUAUGUUUGACUUCUUGUAUUCCUUUUGUUUCAAAGCUUUUAUAUAUUUUAAAAAUUCCAAACAUUAUGUUUGCCUUACUACGUGAAGUGGCGACCCAUGAUGCCUCUCAUCCACCCAAACUAAACGAAUACGAGCGCGAUAAUGACGCUAUUAUGCGAGUUCGGUGGUUUUAUACGCUUCGUGCUCAGCUAGACCAUUUCGACGUCUCAUGCGCGGCUGACAUCGAUCAUCGCUCAAAUCACAAAAAAGAGCGGAUCCGAGCAGUCAUAAAUGGCAAUGUUUCUAACAUCAAUGUAGCUGCUCGGAUAAGCAAUCAUCACCCUAUCAAAAAGCACCUCUAUUUACCCACACGAGGAAAGUUUACAGAUAUUCAAGUUUCCGUUGGCAAAAUUCAAGUGAUCGAGAGGCUUUUUCACGCGUGGAAGAAUAGUUGCAUCCCACUAGGUAACUUCUCACGUUUGCCGGCUAAUGCAUUUUUGGGUAUAUUGGUAUGCCUGAACGUGCGUGAUUUAAAAAGUUUAUCAGAGACCUUGCACGCUAUUGAUACCAACAUGCAUUCUAAUGAAGAAUUACUACCGCCUGCUAUGUUGUCGUGGCAUUUGGCAAGCAGCAUUGCCAAAUCUAUUCAAGCGAUAAAGGCUAAGUGGCAUAAAAAUCAAACCGACAGAACGCACUUUUUCGCUGAAAUUCCCCUGAUUGUUGCCUACAACGAAUCUGCGCUGAAAAACGAUCCACUAUCGUUUCCAAUGUUUUCAGGAUUUUAUCGCAAUUACAGUGAAGCCGGCCUACCGCUCCAGGUUGUCGCAGGAUCUAUGGAGAGUUUGGAUCUUGUCAUGACGACGUCAAGCUUUGACUGUCUCGCCUCAGUAGUGAAUGUGCGCGGCAAAAAAGUAUCAGCCGUCGACAACAUUGAAUUUCCAACAGUGAAGACUCAGACUACACACAAUCUGGAAGUAUCAUUGGCAAACAUUGAAAUUUCUCUUUUGUUGGGUCAAGUUCGUUUAAUUUCGCCAGACGAAAAUCUAAUAAAAUUUGUCCAAUGUAAACAACAGGUUGAUACACAAAAUGUUGUUGUGGUUCUGGAAUCGAUGUCGAUCGUCUCAGCCGUGCAUAAUGAGAUUUCGUUGGAUGGAUUGGGAUAUCCCCUUUUCAACUCUAGAAUCCUUCCAAGGCGACUUACUGUUCAUGCACAACGAUUUGGCCAGUCGCAGCUUCGGAUAGAGUGUAAAACUGGUAAAAUUUAUGGAUUUGUUGCCGAUCUAAGCUUCAGUUCCGGAUUGGAGCCUCCACCUGAAUGGAAGUUCAGUCCCAGAUUGAACGAGGUAGCUACUUUCUCGAACAUUUUUGGGCAUGUUGGGCCGUUCGAAGAGUAUUUUAGUACUUUGGCGGGACACUCAGCACAUUUUACUAGUGCAGAGAGAUUCUGGUCGCCACUAAAUAUCACAUGCAGUGCGGAAGAGGAAUUUUCAACAAAAAAUGAAGGUAAUGGAAACGAAGCAAAAAUCGCUAUUAGCAUCGCAAUAACCAAGUUGCAUCUCCAGCUGAACAAGCAUCUGUUUGACAUUUUGUAUUCGCGCAUCGCAACGUUAUACCGAGGGAUACAGCAUCUUAAGCGAUCUAUCGCAUUUUCGUCACCAGUAAAGCUUACGCCUAUUCAUUCAGAAAGGUUAUGCGAAUCGUCUUUAGAAUUCACGAGUACGAAGGAGCGAGAAUUCACAUUUUCGAGCGACGGAAUCGAGAUUGAUGUGAUAGAGAUGGACAAUUCUUCACAUUUUCGUGUUGGCUCAAUCCUCCUGUUACACAAUACUCUGAGUCUUUCGGGCAGUGCGUCUAUAAAAACUUUAGUAGUCGGACACCGUAUCUUUGGAAAUGAGACCGAUACGGUUGCAAUCGAAGAAGUAGUCUUUGGAGCAAAGGCGGAGCCAAGUUUAUGGCAACGAGCAGUCGAAAACUAUCCAGAAAAGCUUGUUGCUGCUAAGUGGAAUUACGCAGAUCGAUCACAGCGAACAAUUUUCGUGGACGUCCAAGCCUGUCAGCUUCACGUAUCGCACCAUUUUAUCCAAGCAUUGGCUCAAUUCCUUUGUACAAAUGCGAACAUACCAAGUUUGGAGCAAAAAGUCAACGAAUGCUGUGUCCAAGCUGUGGAGCGCAAGCCUUUCGUGAUACGACAGAGAUGGAAUGUUAAACUUCUUGUAGCCCCAAGUGUCAUGUCUUACUGGAGACAGCAAUCUAUUGAUGGGAGAAAGUCAGGUGUUUGGAUGACGUCCGGGCAGCUUUUCGCGAGCAUAGAGAUUGGAAGUGAUGAAGCGACUCAGCAAUCUUUCUCUUCGUGUAGCACUGAUGUCAACGAGAUAAAUCGUUUUAUUGUUGCCCCCUCGCUAAAAAUGAUGAUGAAUCUAGACAAAUUCGGCCUCAACAUUUCCGAUGAUCUUCCUCCAUUGAUUGUUAUUUUUCAAAAAAACUCUUCGAGCCCGAUAACAAAUCCGACAUCUAGCACUUGGCCGCAAUUUGUGAAGUACAUAAGCAUUGUGUCGGAAGCCCAACGCUUUUUGUAUGACUGCAGCAUUCGGGUCACAGGAGACGAGCAUCAAGUGUUGGAGCAAAUUGCAACUGCAAAUCAUAUCUUUUGGCUUUACACUGGAGUUUCUAAGACUAAUAUACAAGCUGAGGUAACCGCGUUGUGCAUACAGAUCUCGUCUUAUUCUUUGGAUGCGAUACGAUCACUCUUGUCUGCAUCUGAAAACAAAGGCUCUGACGUUCCGACAAAAAAAUUAUUUGACCAAAAGAGCGUGAAGGAGGAUGCCAUGUGCAGAAAAAGCUUUGACCCUCCAGAUUGCCGAGAAAUUUCAGCGGAUGAUUUUAAAUAUCUAAAGCGAAUGGCGGAAAGUCGGCGACCUCUUCCUGGUGAGCUUGUAUUUACGGAGGCUCUAUCAAUUGAAACGCACAGCAUCGUUCCGGAUGACCCACCUUCAGUCAUGGCUCACAUUCAAAUCGAGCCAAAUAAAUUCGACAUCGCAGAAGCUGACGUCGUGGCUUACCUCGAAAACUGCAACAAGCUUUGGAAGACUGAUUAUAAUGCCGGUGAAGAGCAGUCUUCUUCUCCUGGCCAUAGUAACAGGACGCAUUGCUGGAUGGGAAUGCGCUGGUGCUACCACAUUCCACGUAAAAUUUGUAAAAUUGUGGCAGACCCCGUGCCUAUCCUUCCCAGUGGACUUCCAAGUGCCUGGCCUUCAUGGAACUGGAAACAUGGCCAAAAUGAUAGUACAAGUCGAUUUUGUGAUAUUUUAUGCCAGUUGAGAUGCUGGGACCACCAAAAAUCCAUUUAUAUUGUUGUUGGUGAGUUCUGCGUACCAUGGGAACAAAUUCUACCGAGCGUGAGCCCUGACAAUUCGAACGAUGCCAACGAGCUGGGAAGUUUUGGGGAUUUGAUGAACCAUUGGUUUGACGAUAGCGUGGAAGAGAUACUUCUUCAAACGAAGCUGCUCGAGUUUGGUGCACGAACAAGAACAUAUUUGUUUGAUAGCGACAUACCAUCGGACAACUGGGAGAUCAGGUGGAGAAGUCCUCUACAAAGCGAACAUGAUCCUGAGAAUAAGCAAAUGCGCCUUUUGGUAAACGCAUUGCUUGCUUCAUCAUUGCAGAUACAUUCUAUGCUAAUUUGGGACGCGUAUCAGCGCGUUGAAUCAUAUAUUACGUUUCCACAAACCUCGAUGUCCAUAAGCCUAGUGGGCCCCGAAAAGAGUUCUCACGAUAUCAUUACCGCAGAAUUCAACGAUACCAAUAUUGCUUGCUUGGUUUUUGGAAGCACGUACAUGAAGACAAUGACAAUUCGAGUAUCUUCUGGAUUACAGGUGUACCUCAAUAACGUGGUUCAACUAUUAACUGUUUCAGUUAUUUCACGGACCAGUAUCGACAUCCUGGUGGAGAUGUCUAACAAAGGAUUAAAGAUUUCAACAUUAGUUGGUCCCAUCUCGCUUUACCUGAACCAAACGUCGAUACUUGUACUAUGUGCGAUCCCGAGGCUCCUGCAUGCAGAAACUCAACCGAUUCAAACUUUGACAGCAAACCCAAACGAAAAAUUAUCAAGCAUGCGCAUAAAUAUCGUAAAUUACACAGGUGUGGAUAUUUGGUAUCGGCAAAAUGAGACUUCAGAGUGUUUGCAUCUCCCUGCAGAAGCUAGUGCGGCAUAUAGCUGGCUCUCGCUGGCGAGUAGUUCGUAUUAUCAGCUUUGCUUUGCGGUGGACGAUCCGAUACAGAAGCGUGGUGAAGUGUAUGCCGGGGGGAAAAAGGAUGUGGAGAAACUUUUAUCAGAGAAAGAUGAUUUCUUCUGGUGUGAUCCUUGUAGAAUCAAGGAAAAUUGUGUCACUGGCCGAUAUUUUAGUGGUCGCGGAUUUGUUUGGGUAUGCGUGGAGCUAAGCGGAUUGCAAACGAAGGUUUCGCUUUACUCAUCAUUGAUUGUUUGUAACUACUGUAAUUUUCCUGUGCGUGUCAAAGUGAGUCAGACAGCAAUCUAUAAUUGCACAAAGUCUGAAUACCCAUACAAAAGAGGUUUUGCAAUACGCAAGCAUGCCGCCCAUAACCAUCCACAUUGUGUUUCGUUGGAUGGUUCAGUGUGCACUCUUUUGACGUCACAAGUUGAUGGUAGCAUAGCUCGUAUCAUGGUCGAGUCCGUAUCAACCAUAAGUUUUGCAGUCAAUGGUGGCUCUUGGUGCGAUAUGGAAACACAGCAAACAAUACCUAGCGAGUUUGAUCAUGUCAAGGCUGAUGACCUUGAAGCGAAAGGGCAUUUUCAGUUCAAAUCUUUCAAUUCAGAAAGCUUAGAUGAGCCUAUUCAGUAUGUCUGGGUGAAGGUUGCUCGCGCAAAGUGUAGGACUGUGCUUCCCAUAGACUUUGACCACUUACAGCCCCAAAUAGCUGGACGGUAUACGUGGGUUGAGGUGUCAAUCUACCCUGCAAUCAUCGUACAAAAUAUUAUUGAUGCUCCAGCAAUACUCAGCUUCUCACAAAAGAACACAUCCUUUAGACUUGAAUUAUUUCCAGCUUGUGAGAAAUGUAUCUCUACAAUAAACCCCUUUGAGCCAGUCAAGAUUUUACUGCAAUAUGGCCAGGAUUUAAGCAAGGCAAACACAUAUUCGAAACUGCUGGAAUUAAACAUGCAAUUCACUUCUGCAGGCAAAUCAAAGGAGCAAAUUUUUGAUUUUGAGGACUGCAGAGUGGUUGUUAGCUAUUGCGAUGAUCGCAAGCCGAUGGUUCGAAUAAGAUUAGAACGCGUUCUUAGCAUUGCCAAUAAAACACCGAGUGAUUUGAUGAUUUGGCUUGCCACGUCAUUCGAAGAUCAAAACAGAACUUUACAUAAAGUCGAAUCUUGCGGUGAACGGUCAAUUGGAUUCACAAUGACCAGUGACUGCUUGAUCAUUGCAAUUGCGUCGAGUGCAACAACCGCGGGCCCACGCAGUGGGUCAAAUCAGAUGAGUUGGUCCUCAGAAAUCUCGCUGGAUGGUAAAGGUGACACAAAGCCGAUUGUAUUGCCUGCGAUGCAGGCGGGAUCAAGCAAUCUUGCAAGUGCUUUUUGUGUUGAGUUGUUGAACUCUGAGGGAUAUCUUAAAUUGACUAUUCUGCCGCUAGUUGUAGUGAUCAACGCGACGAAACGCGAUAUUGUUUGUGUUCCCACAGAUGGGCGAGGAAACGCCCUUGGUGGAAAUGAUGAAACAUCGUUGGUAUCAGGUGACAAUGCUGGGUGGUGCGUUCCGGUUUGCUUACACAGAGAAGCAAAGAAACGAAGUAUUACGGCUGAUGUGUCGUCCUGGUUAAGCUCAAAACUAUCGAGGCGUACAAGUGAUGUCGAGCCAAUCGUUGAUAAGCAGCAUUUGAUGGCAAGACUAUCGUGUUCUUUCCGAGUACGUUUGGUUGAAGACGAGUACGAGUGGACAGAAGAAAUAACAGUGCUGCUUCCAAAUUUACAUGUUGGAGUAAAUUCGGAUGGCAGGCUGAUACAUUUCGAGUCAUUCACACCGCUAGCUGAUACGUUAAAAGAUUUGUAUCCAUCUCCUUCGACGACGACGUACAGGAGACGAUUGCUAGUCCGUCAUUGUAGCUUCAAACAUAAAAUGCUCACCUACACUACGACGCAGAGUGGAAAGUCUAUUCAUGUUAUGUUCUUCGUGGAUCACCAGCCUCCUGUGAUCAUUCACAACCAUUGGCAAAAAGUAUUGGCUUUUCGCAACGUGUCCGUCGCAUCGGAUCCAGAGGGCGUCGGUGCAAAUUUCUGCCUGGAAUACGAUUGGUCUCUGCAGGUGCCAACAAAAAACUGUACGCAGGCCAUCAUUGACGAUAAGCUUGACGCAGAAUGUAAGCUGCUGGCUAACUGGUUAAAGACCUCAUCCCAAUCAUUUGGGAAUACAGACACAACUGACUUAAAUCCGAAUGAGCAUACGCGUUUUCAGAUCGGAUCACCACAAUAUGGUUGGUCGAAUGUUCUUUGGCAAACUGGAGGCAUCCAGUUCGCAUCUUUUAAUAAUGACGAGGAUUGCGGGACGAUAACGAAUCGACUUACUUUCUUAGUCAUGAACUUUUAUCGAGCAGGAUCGUGGCUUAUAUCUAUCACUUGUGUUGAGGAUCCGACAGGUGAUGGUCUGACGAAGUCCCUUCCAUCGUUAGUACAGCCUUCCGCGGCAGAUUCAUGGAGAGCAAGACAGAUCACUUCAAGUAUUUUUAAGAUUGGUGUCAUUGUGGACGAAAUUUCGCUUCAUCUUUGCGAUGAGCACGAUCCUAAACGGGAUGCGCGUGGACUUUUCCUUUAUCCAGAGAUUUUACGGACAACAUGCAGUGCUGUGUCAAUCGUAUUUGCAACUGCUCCAGAUCCGCCAGAAACUCUUCGUCACAAUACCCGCUUGGGUUAUAUGUCGCACAUUAGAUCGUACAUGACUCUAUUCGCUGCAAUUGAACGUAUCGAAGUGGGACAUUUCUUACAAGCGUGCAACUUUCCCGUAAUUUUUUGGUUUUAUGAACCUGAGGCGAAGAGGCCUUUGCUGCAAUCUGAUAAAGUAAAACAACAUCAAAGCCUGGAGUGCCUGAUAAACAAAUUGCUCGACAAGCGGCUACCAGAAGCAGAGAAUCCGUGUUUGACUAUCAGAAUCAUCUACGCGGAUACAAUAAACCCGACAAAACUUCUACCAUACUUUAACUGUAUCGAAGUUAAGGUAUCCCCGGCCUUUCUUCAGGUGGAAGACAAACUUUUGAUGUGCUUAAUUGCGUUUGUUCAACCAAUUUGUGCGGCAUUGGAAGGGUAUGCUGUAUGCCAAGCCAUACGCGACAUUGAAAGCCAGACAAUCGCUACAAGAGAUGAAAAUACCUGGAGCUCAUAUGCGUAUGAAACGAUCAUUACAAAGCAGCGCAAAGUAUAUAUCGAGUAUCUAGGAAUUAGCGACCUUCAAGUGACGAUUACAGCACGCGUCUCAGUUCCAGUACUUAACAGUUUUGAUGGCACGCCUUUACACUUUGGGUAUAAGGAGAUGCGCGAGGUGUUCACUUUUCCUGACCAAUUGUACAAAGAUUUGGCAGCAGAUUAUGUGGCUGAUACAAUUGUCCGCUCUCCGCUGCUUUUGAUGUCAUUGAAUAUUUUCGGCAACCCGGCCGGAUUCAUUCGAAGCUUUGGUCAAGGUGUUCGAGAUCUGAUUGAGAUUCCUUUGGCUGCUUCCAGAAAUGGUUACAGUCCUUGGAUACUCACUAAGGGCUUGUUAGACGGUAUCGCCUCGUUUUUGGGCCAUACGACUGCAGCAACGCUCUCAUCUGUGUCUGGAUUCUCAUACUCCAUAUCACGCACAGUGGAUCACAUAACGCUACCUUCAGACCAGCUCCGCAAACGUCAUUACAAGCGUCCAACUAAGUUAACAUCAGCUCUUGCUGAUGGUUUAGGGUCGUUAGGAUCAAGUGUUGUUGGUGCAGCAGCUGGAGUUGUCACUACACCUAUGGCCGUAUAUAGAGACAGUCGAAUGCGAGGGGUUACACCCGGAUUUGGAAACGUGGUGGGAAGUGUAGGCAUGGGGUUGGUGGGCAUCGUUGCUCGACCGAUGGGUGGCGUUGCGUCACUGGUGUCGAUGGCAUCAGAUGGACUACUAGUUAAAUUAGAAGGAAGCCGCAUACCAUUCGACGAGUCGACCUCGCGCUUCGAUGGAAGACCCAACGAACUCCUGCGCUACAAGCUGAAAGUGCUUUUCGAUGCAACCGGAGGUUAUUUGGUAUUUGCGCACGGUCUCUGGAUUAACCCAGAAGGUAAUACACUCAUCAUACCAGAUCAAGGUCUUAUUUAUUUCUCGAGAGAGCAGUUGGGAAUGUUGGAAAACGAACCAUUAUGUGGCCUUUUACUACCACGUGAUGCUAAUCGCCAGCUUGUUGAAAUGACAGUUGUAUGCUCAAAUGAGUGCAUUUAUGUCGUGGGAAUGACCACGGCGCAAAACCAAGCCGUUUUGGCACGAACUUCACUGAAAUCGAUCGAGGCAGUUGAAGAAAGUUUAAAAGAGCCAACCGUUUUUGACCUGGGCAUCAAAACGUCAGAGGGUGCAGCAGAAUGGCUGCGCUUUCGACUGCCGCCACCGCAAAGGCGGCAUUUAAGCCACCAGCUUCGACUCUGGCUAGCUGAACCGUCGAUCAAAAAUCCAUAA